AUGGCGGAUAGCGAGGAAGGCUUCGGGCUGCCCAGCACGCCGGCGGAUCCGGAGGCCAAGGAGCUGCAGGCCGAAGGCAAGCAGGACACGCAGCUGGGGGCCAGCAGCAAGCCGCCCACCUCGCCGCAAGCGGCCUUCACGCAGCAGGGCAUGGAGGGCAUCAAGGUGUUUUUGCACGAACGCGAGCUGUGGCUGAAGUUCCACGAAGUGGGCACGGAGAUGAUCAUAACAAAGGCCGGGAGGCGAAUGUUCCCCAGUUACAAAGUGAAGGUCACUGGACUCAAUCCAAAAACGAAGUACAUCCUGUUGAUGGAUAUCGUGCCCGCGGAUGACCACAGAUACAAAUUCGCGGAUAAUAAAUGGUCGGUGACAGGCAAGGCGGAGCCGGCCAUGCCCGGCAGGCUGUACGUGCACCCCGAUUCCCCGGCCACCGGCGCGCACUGGAUGAGGCAGCUGGUCUCCUUCCAGAAGCUCAAACUCACCAACAACCACCUGGAUCCCUUCGGACACAUCAUCCUGAACUCCAUGCACAAAUACCAGCCCCGGCUUCACAUCGUGAAAGCGGACGAGAACAACGGCUUCGGCUCCAAGAACACCGCCUUCUGCACGCACGUCUUCCCGGAGACCGCCUUCAUCGCCGUCACCUCCUACCAAAACCACAAGAUCACGCAGCUGAAGAUUGAGAACAAUCCCUUUGCCAAAGGCUUCCGUGGCAGCGACGACAUGGAGCUCCACAGGAUGUCCAGGAUGCAGAGUAAAGAGUACCCAGUUGUUCCCAGGAGCACAGUGAGACAAAAAGUGUCCUCGAAUCACAGCCCCUUCAGUGGCGAGACCAGGGUCCUUUCUGCCUCCUCCAACCUGGGCUCCCAGUACCAGUGUGAGAACGGGGUGUCCAGCACCUCCCAGGACCUGCUGCCUCCUGCCAACCCCUACCCCAUCUCCCAGGAGCACGGCCAGAUCUACCACUGCACCAAGAGAAAAGAUGAGGAAUGUUCCACCACCGAGCAUCCCUACAAGAAGCCCUACAUGGAGACCUCUCCAGCAGACGAGGACCCUUUCUACAGGUCCAGUUACCCGCAGCAGCAGGGACUGAACACGUCGUACAGGACUGAGUCGGCGCAGCGCCAGGCCUGCAUGUACGCCAGCUCGGCGCCGUCCACGGAGCCCGUGCCCAGCCUGGAGGACAUCAGCUGUAACACGUGGCCCAGCGUGCCCUCGUACAGCAGUUGCACAGUGUCUGCCAUGCAGCCCAUGGACAGGUUACCCUACCAGCAUUUCUCUGCCCACUUCACCUCGGGGCCGCUGAUGCCCCGCUUGGGCAGCGUGGCCAACCACACGUCGCCCCAAAUCGCAGACACCCACAGCAUGUUCCAGCACCAAAGCUCUCACCAGCCCAUCGUCAGGCAGUGUGGACCUCAAACGGGCAUCCAGUCCCCUCCCAGCAGCCUGCAGCCGGCGGAAUUCCUCUAUUCCCACGGCGUGCCUCGAACCCUGUCGCCCCACCAGUACCACUCGGUGCACGGCGUGGGGAUGGUGCCAGAGUGGAGCGAGAACAGCUAA